UGGUCUUUGAGACAAAUAUGACAGGUGGUCUAAUAAAUUUGUUAAGCACUGUAUAUAUAUAUAUAUAUAGAGAGAGAGAGAGAGAGAGAGAGAGAGAGCUACUAGCAAACCAUUUUGAGAUUGCCUGUUAAUUAUGAAGUCCCCUUUUAACUGCUUUUCUCCCUCAUAAUGAGCAGAAACUGUUAACUGUUUGGUAAAUGCACCAUGCCAUGUGCAGUUUUUAUUGAAUAGUGUCCCCAGUUAAAGACAGGAAGUGAUCAGUAGAGUUGGGCAGAGUUAAGCAGAAUGUCUCUUCUCGUCAUCUUUUGUUGUUGUUCUGAUUGAGAGCCCCCUGGCAUCACAAUUUACGUAUUUUGUGUUCAACCUGUAAGGGGAACUCAGUUUAUUUUGGUUAGAUGUUGAUAAUAUAAGGGGGCAUUAUUUAUUUUCAGUUAAAGGUAAUGAUCUUUUAUAUGGAAGUAAACUUAUUAAAAUUGUAAUUCAGGUUUGGUGUAAAAAAUAAAAUUUAGGAUUUUAUUUUUAGGCCAUAUUGUUCAGCCCUGAUUUCUUCAUCAUCUGAAAUGACAAAAUUCACAAGUACAGCAUCAGGAAAUAAGAGUUAAGAAUUUAGUUUUAGGCUGAAAACAAGAAUUGAGCUCAUGGAUUACAGCUAUAGCUAAUAAAAUCAUAGUUUGGUGAUAAUUCUCCUUUUGGUCAUCAGUUUGAGCAAUAAUGGUAACAUUCAGGCAGUAAUUAGACCCACAUUUGGUCUUGACUUUGCUUCUUUUUUAACCCGACGAAUCAAAAAUCAGCCUACGUUCUGUUUAAACAUGAUGUUCUUUGACCUUCAGUUAGACUUUAUUAUCUAGGUCAGCAUCAGAAAAUUUGCUUUCAGGCUCAAUCUUUUCUGUUUUAUUUAUUUAUACAAAUUUUAAUCAAGUCAGUGAUGUGGUAAGAGUGCGUGCCUCUCCAGUGUGUCGUUCAGGCUGAUAACAAUCUGUCCCUCAGCAGCCCUGUGGUUUAAAUCCUCCUGCCUUGCUGUUUUAUUGGCAUCAUGUAACAGUGCUGCUAUUCCAACACGGACCUCUGGCCCUGAGCCCACACUCAGCACUUCACUGUUUUUUACUAACUCGCUGAAAUGAGCCACUGUGACUGGAGCAGCCAUCUCUGCAGACAGUCCUACUAUCAGAGAGCUGGAUGCUGGUCAACAUGAAUCAGCCCAGCAUAACUAUCAUCUAGUCUCAUUUAUACUUGGAAAUGAUAUUAAUUGGUCUGAAUAUCAUAUUUUUCUCGGUUGACAGAUUCUCAAGUGUGAGAAUUUGCUGAUUUUUCCAAUUAUCAUAUUAAACUGAAGAUUUUUUCUUUCAAUUUCUUUCUGCCAUUUAAUACAGGAAAAAUAUCAAUAAUUGAUCAGUAAAUCAAUACAAUACUUUAUGAAACCAUUGGAUAUGAAACAGUGCAAUACAAUGCAAUGCAAAAGGAUAGAAUAUGUUACAAUACAACAGAAUAUAAUAUAAUGGGAUUGGACAAUGAAUGCCCUGUGAUAGAAUAUGACACUUUGAAGUACGAUAGGAUAAAUUAGGGUAUAAAAUAGUACAGUUAUAUAGAUAUGAUACUAUAGAAUCUGAUACAACAGAGGAUAGGAUAUGAUGUAAUAUGACACAAACUAAUACGAUAUGUACAAAUAUGACAUGAUGGAAUAUGAUAGGAUAGAAUAUGAUAUGAUCUUUUAUGGUAGAAUAUGAUACAUAACAAUAGAAUACCAUAGAAUAGAAUCUAACAUAGUGGAAUUCAUUCAAAUAAAUAAGACACCAUGGAAAAAGAAAGUGUAAAUUAAGACUGAUACAAUAGUAUAUAAUACUAAAGGAAUAAAUAUGAUAUGGUGCAGGAUACAGGUGCAUUGUAAAAAAUCUACAUAUAAAUCUUUUUUUUCUCAUGAUUUACUUCAGGAAGUUAAACUUUUAUAAGUUCUAGAUUCAUGUAUAUUAUGGUUUAAAUCUCACAAAAUCUUAAGACCUCGAUCUAAGAAUAUAAGAAUAUUGUGGAAAGUCCAGUUUGCAAAGGUUUCUUGAGCCUUCAUUCUCUCACUUUGGUUCAAUACAUACAACCACACUCAUGGGGAAGACAGCUGACUUGACUCCUACCCAAUCACUUACACCCUUCUCAAGGCUGGCUUACAAGAGGAAUAAGCCACAUAAGGUCAUUGCUGAAAGGGCAGACUGGCAAUAACUUUUCCGCUCUCACGUUUUCUCUCUCAUACACACAGUUUACAUGUUAUAUUGCAAUAUAAAACCUACAACUGAAGAGUCAUUUUUUGUAAUAUUGCCCACAAUUCCUUUUUCAGUUGAUCAAAUCCCACUCAGUUUCCUCAGCUACAUCCCAAGACCUUUGCAAUAUGCUACUGUGAAAGACAUGGAGCCACAUCCAAUGCUGCUGCGUUGGCAAUUUUUUGUUCGCCAUUAAACAAGAAGUAGUUUUUUAACACUUUAAAUACUUUUACAGCUACAAAACUUGGCACAAAAAUGCCCACUGGCAAGAGGAGAUGAUUGAUAUAGGUUUUCUCAGUAGGCAUCGCUAAAUUCCUCGCUGGUGCCCCCUACAAUAUUUCAAAUAAUCAGCCCCUGUAGUAAGUUUAACCAAAGAUUCUGAAAUCUAGCAGGCAUAUUUAGCUUGCCAGGACCUUCAAAAAGCCUCUUAGAACAAUGUUGACAAUGUUUUAAUUUUUGGUUAAGAAAUGGGAUGAAUAAUUCCAGGGGUCACCCUUGGAUUAUAUGUGCUGUCAGUUAGAGGAGUUAGAGGAGCCCUUAAGGAUAAAAAGUUCCUCAAAGGGUGUACAAAACUUAAAGAGCUUGGUCAUGCCGACUUGUCAAACUUUUAUGUCUCAAAAUGGAGCAGGCACUGUUGCAAAGUUGACCAAAAUCUCUGUCAAAAUUGGCUUGAAAAAUCAGAAUUAAGUCCCCAUGCUAUCUUACAAGCUCAAAGGUCAGACUCUAAAGCUGUUGUUAUGACUGAUUGUUCACCAUGAAGGGAAGUAAUUCUCUUAAGUGCAUAAAACACUUGUAAAGCCAUAAAACUUGGCACAAAAAUGCCCACUGAUGAAAGGAGAUGAUUGAUAUGGAUUUUGUCAGUGGGCAUUGCUAAAUUACUAAGUGGUGUCCCUACAAUGUUAAGAUAUCACCCCAUGCAGCAUGUUCAGCCUAGGACAAUGAAAUUUGUUAGACUUAUUUAGCAUUCCAGGACCUACAAAGUCUCUUAGUAAAACCACAAAUUUCAGGUCUCAUUCCGGCAUUAACGUCUCUUACAAAUUCAAUACAAACCCAUGUAUCAUUUUGUAUGGAGCUAGAAAAGACAUCGAAGCCAAAAGGUUAAUCAGCUUAUUUACAAAAGUUACAGGACAUGGCUCUGGCAAUUUGUUCAUCUUUGAUGUCCCAUCAUAUCACAGGAAGUUGGUGUUAUUCCAACGUACAGAGUGCAAACUGCCCCAAACGUAUGUUGUUUGAUAAAAGACCACUUAUUAACAUAUCUGUAUUCCAACAUCAGAUCUCUGUCAGAGAGACACCUCUUAGUAAGCCCUGAAGGUCUUGAUCCAGUUGGUUGCUCAGUUGGUGCAUUCACACUGUCAUGUUUGGGUAAAAAGCCAUAAAAGUUUGUAACUGCUGAACUUUUCUGUGACUGAUAGACAACAGACUAUUUUGCAGUGUUGCCAUGACAGCCACAUGCAGCGAAUACCAACGUGCGCUGGGGUGCAAGGGCCCAUUCAGUGCUGCUUCCAGUUCCAGUUAAUGUGUCUGGAGGCGUUCUGUAUUUAUGGCAGCGUGGGCCGAGUGGAGGAGCCUUAUGUCAGCAUCACCAGGAAGAAGCAGAUGCCUCGCGGGGGGCAGUCUGAGGAGGUGGAGCGGCAGGUGGGGCAGGCGGAGGGGAAACUGUUUACACACCGAGCAGCCUUCGCCCGCACCUCUGUCAUUCAGGCCUUCCUGGGGUCUGCCCCCCAGCUCACCCUGCAGCUUUAUAUCUGCGUCCUGCAGCGGGGCGUCUCCAUCGGACGAGGCACUCUGAUGGUGAUCUCCCUGCUGUCCAUCGUUUACGGAGCUCUUCGAUGCAACAUCCUGGCCAUUAAGAUCAAAUAUGACGACUAUGAGGUGGACGUUCGGCCCAUGGCUUAUCUGUGUAUUUUCCUGUGGAGGAGCUUUGAAAUUGCCACUCGUGUGGUGGUUCUGGUUCUGUUCAGCUCUGUGAUGCAGCUCUGGAUCCUGCCUGUGGUUUUCCUCAACUUCCUCAUCUUCUUCCUCUACCCCUGGAUCUUGUUCUGGCAGAGCCACUCGCCAUUCCCUGAGAACAUAGAAAAAACUCUGACCAGGGUCGGAACCACCAUCGUGCUCUGCCUGCUCACCUUCCUCUACGCCGGCAUCAACAUGUUCUGCUGGUCGGCCGUGCAGGUGAAACUCAACGACCCCGACCUCAUCAACAAGUCCCAGAACUGGUAUCGCAUGGCUGUGUACUACAUGCUUCGCUUUGUGGAGAACGCCUCCCUGCUCCUGCUGUGGUAUAUCUAUAAAACAGACUUCUAUGAGUUCAUCUGCGCCCCACUGCUGGUGCUGCAGCUGCUGGUCGCUUACACCAUCGGCAUCUUCUUCAUGCUGGUCUUCUACCAGUUCUGCCAUCCGUGUCGGAGGCUCUUCUCCUCCAGCAUGACGCAGGGCCUGUGGAACUGCUCCUCUCUGCUCUGCGUCGUGUGCACCUCCUCGUCUUCACCUCAGAGAAGGCCGAUUGAAAAGUCUGUCCUAGAGCCGCCGAGCCCCGGCACACACAAAGACCCGGCUACUGACGGAGCUCACGACACAGCCAGCGACACCACCGAGGACAUUCCUAAUGACACAACUUAUGAUAUGCUAAAUGAUACUGUCUGUGAAACUCCUAAUGAAAUGGCUAAUAAUACAGGAGGUGGAAUCAAUGGUGACAUUAGCAACAGUGUAUCCUGCAAUGCUUAAAGCAUCACAAACAUAUGAUUUGCCAUUCUGAGGAGCAACUCUGACAGUUAUCAUCUCUAACCUUUUAAGUGCCACAUGAUUCCCUCUGUGAGUUUACACUUUCAUAUAUCCUUCUUAACCUCUGUUUUAUGCCACGUCUCCUGCUCCUUCAUAAAAUGUGUCCUUAAUAGAUUGGGCUGCAAUCAUGCAUCAGAGACACUGCAGAGGUGGUGCUCACUGUUGCCAUCCAUCAUCCCAACCAACCCCUCUGUUCUGCAGCCUUUAAAUCAAACAUGGACGCCACCUUUACGUCUAUACUUUCGGAGACUGUUUCCACCUAUAUGCUGCAUUACUGAUCACAAGGAGCCAUGCUUUCAAAUUGAUUGUAUUUAUAGUAUAUCUCUUUGGCAUGGAGGUGUGCAUGUGUUGAGCCUCAUAUGAACUGUUAUUCUGCAAGGGGUGAAGGGGGAGGGUGUGUUUUGUACAAGGUUUUUUCUGGGAUCCUUCUUAGUUUUAUGGCUGCGAGCAAUCAGCUUUUUUUACUCCUUGAUAAGAGCUUUAUCAUGAAUACGCGCUGCUUCUGUGAUGUAUUUGUGCUUGAGUCAAGUUUGUGAAUCACACAUUGAUAAAGAGCCCUUUUCAAUCACCGCACACGUUACUAUAAAGCACGCACAUCUCCCAACGUCCUGUUUUUGCACGUUUAGAAAAAAAAGGAUUUAAGUGGCUUUGGUUGAGCUGCUGCAGUGAUGUGAAAUGCUUUGUUUGGAUGUAUUAGCAUCUUUUUCUAAGUCAUUUUUGUUAUGUCUACAAGUCUCUGUCUCUUUUGUUUGAAUAUUUACACAAAAAUGGAUUAUAUCUUAUUGAAAAAUGUUUUCAACCUUUGGUGUGUGAGAGAGGAUGUUGGUGUCUGUUUUUUGCACUAACCCCUUUUUGCAAUGUAUCUGCAGAGGGAUGUGAAUCCUGAGUAUCACAUGAAUGCCACUGAUGUGUGAGUUUAAAAGCAACCUGUGAAGCCAAAAAAACAUUUAAAACUAUUGUACACAUCUAACAUUCUCAUACAGAGCUAAAUAAAAGGCAUUUAAGGGAUAAAAUCCUACUGAAAAAUACAAAUAAAUUUAUAUUUAUAUGUGAAAA